AUGUACUCACCUGAUUUGGAACUGGAGGAUGAGGUGGAGUAUAUGGACACAUCCGACACACAGUGGAACUGGUUUUACAAGGCAGGGUGUGGUCUCUGGCACAGGGUUGAGGAUCAGCCAGAUAGUUGUAUGUCUAGUGCUGAUCUAGAGAGAAAUUACACCAGAAACCCUUAUGGCGUGGUAAACAUGACCACUGCAGGAGGGACAUUUCUGAUCGAUUUUGCAAGAAGUAUACAGGUCAACUUAGAAACUGGACAAACAAUACAGAUUAAACGCUCUUUUCUGACUGAGAACAGUUUCAGAUGCAAAUGUGAUAAUGUUUCCCCAUCUCUUCCUGCACACUGGGAAAAUGUUGAUCCCAAGCAUCCUUAUCGGGUAGGAGCAAGUAUCUAAUCAAUUAAAUUAAUAGCAAAGUUGUGAAUACCCCUUCUUAAAUUAUUCACCUUUCAUAAUCAGGUAUUUACUGUGACAAGAGAUAGCCGUGAAUAUCAGAAGAUUGAGAGUUAUGUCAAGGAUGUUGGCCUACUGCAGCAACCCAUUGUUUCCAUAUCCAGAAUACAGAAUAUGGACCUUUGGGAAUUGUUUUGUAGGAAAAAAAUGCAGUUGAUGAGGAUAAAAGGGCAGACGGAAAUUGAGGAGCAAAUGUUGUUUCAUGGUACAUGCUUUAAAAACCUGCACUCUAUUUGCACAUUUAAUUUUAACUGCAGACUACCAGACUGGAAAAGACGUGGACAUAUAUGUGGCAAAGGAACCUACUUUGCAAAACAUGCAUCCUAUGCUUCCAGCUAUGGUAACAUCACCAAUGUGGGUACUAAAAUAAUGCUGCUUGCUCGGGUUAUUGUUGGGAGGUACAAAACAGGACGCAUGGAUUAUUGUACACCUAAUGAUGACAGAGAUGAUUACAAAUAUGAUAGUUGUGUAGACAGUACUCCUUAUCCAAAUAUUUUUGUUAUUUUUGAUUCCAAUCAGAUCUAUCCUGAGUAUGUGAUUGAGUAUCGCUGCUACUAA